AUGAUCGCCCCCUCCCGGCGCCUCCGCCUGCUCACCCUCCUAACCCUCUCCCCCCUCCUCCUCGUCCUCCUUUACCUCAACCCGCUCUACGGACGCCAGUCCACGAAUCCAGGAGAAUGGCUCCCGCAUCGCAAAACAGCCUCCCUCUCGCUCCCAAGCACCUCCCGCCAAAUAACAAAGGUCUCCAUGCUCUACGGAAAGAAGAACUCGCUGUAUGAGCGCGCGCUGCAGAGCCAUCGAAGACACGCAGAGAGAUGGGGGUAUGGGAUGGAGGUGCUGAGGAGCGAUAUCUCGGAAGGGUUCUGGAAUAAGCCAGCCUAUUUGCUUGAGAUUGUUAUUCGGGAGUUGAGCAAGGGGUAUGCAGACGGGGAGAGGGUCGAGUGGUUGAUGUGGGUAGACGCCGACUCCGCCGUCCUGAACCCCGCGAUUCCCCUGGAAAUCUUCCUCCCGCCCAAUGACCUCGGCGACAUCCACCUAGUCGCAACAAAAGACCACAAGGGUCUCAACACCGGAAUCUUCUUUUUACGCGUACACCCCUGGGCUAUAAACCUCUUAGCCGAAACCCUCGCCUUCCCAGCCUACAACCCAUCCAUCGACCUCGACAUCCAAGUCGACCAAUCCGCCAUGGAGCGCGUCCUCAACGGGAGCAGAUACCGCGAUCACGUCACCUACCUCCCGCGCACCUGGAUAAACGCGUACGAGUGGGCUCAUGCAUAUGAAGGCGAACAUGGAAAUUAUCUUGUUCAUUUUCCUGGACUCGGCAAGCAGCGCUGGCCGCAUAUGGAGCGGUGGUUGGAUAUUAUUGAACGGACGCCGGAGCGGUGGGAGGUUCCUGUUGAUCAGACGGGGUAUUUGGUUGAUACCGAGGCGUUUUGGUAUCGGGUGGGUAAGGCCAAGGGGAUUAUAGAUGAAUACGCGAAGGUGAAGGCUGAGGCUGCGAGGAAGGGGGCGAGCCCGUUGUCUACGAGUUCGAGGGAGAGGGAGGAGGGGAUGGAGAAGGCUGUGGAGGAGUUGAGGAAGGUGCUGAGGGAAGCGCCGUUUGAGGCGCAGUUGUUGCAGCAGAGGAUUGAGGAUUGGAAUGUAGUAUCCAAGAUGGAGUAG